UUCCGCAUUCCAGGUUUUGUAAGUCUGAGGGUUGCUGUGUUUUGUAAGUCUGAGGGUUGCUAGGUUUUGUAAGUCUGAGGGUUGCUGUGUUUUGUAAGUCUGAGGGUUGCUAGGUUUUGUAAGUCUGAGGGUUGCUGGGUUUUGUAAGUCUGAGGGUUGCUGGGUUUUGUAAGUCUGAGGGUUGCAGGUGGGGCGACGCCCUUCGUUUCCCCUGCUCACCUCCACGAAAAUGACGGCUUCUCGCCGGCUGCGAGCGGCACCUCCUCGCCGUCCCUUCUCUUCUUGGAGCUCCGCUGGGAUCCUGUUGGUGACGCUCGCGCUCCGGUUUCCCGCACCCACCGAUGCCUGUGAUGAGAUACCAAAAUAUGACUCUAUGAAAGCCAGGGGCAAUCCUGUGCCCCCUGUAAGUGCUGGGUUUGCAGUAGAAUAUGAGUGUCGCCCAGGAUACAGGCUUAUUGUUCCUUUUGUUCGACCCACCACUACUGUUUGUCAGCCUGAUGGCACAUGGGCACCUCCUCGUCUACAGGAGGCCUGUACAAGAAGACAAUGUCCACAGCUAGCAGAGUCCCUACAUGGCCGUGUAGAAGGAAAUUUUCAGUUUGGUUCACAGGCUAACUAUUCUUGUGAUGAGGGAUAUUACUUAGUUGGAACACCAGUUCUACGUUGUGUACUUGCUGGAGAUGGGAAUAAUGUGGCUUGGAGUGGUGACCCCCCACAGUGUGAAAAGAUUUUGUGUCAACCGCCUCCACAAAUAGAACAUGGAAUAUUCAGCAAUAGCCACAAGGAUACAUUUGAAUAUAAUGAAAUGGUAACUUACCAUUGUAAUCCUUCGAAUGGGCCAGAUGAAUAUUCACUUGUUGGAGGGAGCAGACUGAUUUGUUCUGGGCCAAACAAAUGGAGUAGUGACCCUCCUGAGUGUAAAGUGGUCAAAUGUCCAUAUCCAUCACUCCCUGAUGGAACUAUUGUGUCAGGAUUUGGGAAAAAAUAUUACUACAAAGCAGGAGUUGAGUUUGAAUGCAACCAGGGUUAUUCCCUUCAAGGCAGCCGCAAAAUUGUCUGUGAAGCUGAUAAUACCUGGGUACCUGAGAUUCCUCGCUGUGUUCAAGAUGCCUGUGAUGAGAUACCAAGAUAUGACUCUAUGAAAGGCAAGGGUAAUCCUGUGCCCCCUGUAAGUGCUGGGUUUGCAGUAGAAUAUGAGUGUCGCCCAGGAUACAGGCUUAUUGUUCCUCUUGUUCGUCCCACCUCUGCUGUUUGUCAGUCUAAUGGCACAUGGGCACCUCCUCUCCAGGAGGCCUGUACAAGAAAAUCAUGUCCACAGCUAGCAGAGCCCCUAAAUGGCCGCGUAGAAGGAAAUUUUCAGUUUGGUUCACAGGCUAGCUACUCUUGUAAUGAGGGAUAUAACUUAGUUGGAACACCAGUUCUACAUUGUGAACUUGCUGGAGAUGGGAAUAAUGUGGCUUGGAGUGGUGACCCCCCACAGUGUGAAAAGAUUUUGUGUCAACCACCUCCACAAAUAGGCAAUGGAACAUUCAGCAAUAGCCACAAGGAUACAUUUGAAUAUGGUGAAGUAGUCACUUACCGUUGUAAUCCUUCGAAUGGGCCAGAUGAAUAUUCCCUUGUUGGAAAGAGCACACUGAGUUGUUCUGGGCCAAACAAAUGGAGUAGUGACCCUCCUGAGUGUAAAGUGGUCAAAUGUCCAUAUCCAUCACUCCCUGAUGGAACUAUUGUGUCAGGAUUUGGGAAAAAAUAUUACUACAAAGCAGAAGUUGAGUUUGAAUGCAACCAGGGUUAUUCCCUUCAAGGCAGCCGCAAAAUUGUCUGUGAAGCUGAUAAUACCUGGGUACCAGAGAUUCCUCGCUGUCUUAAAGUGGUGACUUCUCCUCCCAGUACCACACCUCCGAUUUUGAGUCCUUCAGUGUCAACUCCUCCCAGCACAAAACCUCCAAUUUCCAGUGUCACAGGUGUCACGCCUAGUCCAUCAACCAAGCCUCCAGUUUCAAGUAGUCCAGGACAUCCCCCUCCUGAUGAAACACCAUCUCAAUCAUUAGGUGCAGGAGCCAUUGUUGGGAUUACGCUAGCUGUUGUAGUUGUUGUCUCGGGACCCAUCGCCUUAUUGGUGUACUAUAAGAAGAAGAGGAAAGGCACCUACCUAACUGGUGAGAGCCACAAAGAAGUAAAAUUUAUUUCUCUAUGAGAAGAAGAGAUGAGAGAAAGGUUUGCUUUUAUCAUCAUAAGGAAAACAGAAGGCACUGCUGCCUACAGCACAUACCAGAAUAAAUCAAGCACUCCAGCACCGUAGACUCUCUGACGGACUUUCCAGAAUGCUCUACCACUUCAUCUUUUUUAAAAUGUCAAGAAAGACCCACAUUAAAUUCGAUGGCUACUAUGCAAAACAGUAUGGAGGGCCCUCAAAAUUAAAACCGGAGCCACCCUAUGAUCUUAUGGGAAUAUACCUGAGUGAAGGGAAAUCACUGUGGAAGAGAGAAUCUUCGGCCCCUCCCUGUUUGUUGCAGCACCAUUUACAAUAACAAAGACAUGGAAGCAGUCUGAAGUGUCCGUCAACCAAUCAGUGGAUAAGGGAGAUGCAUGCACGUACAGUGAAAUACUAUUCAGUCAUUAAAAAGGAAAACGUGUAUUGGCCCUCAGGACAUUUUGUUAAGUGAAAUAAGUCAUAUAUAUAAAGAGACAAAUACUGUAUGAUCUCCUUUAUAUGUAGAGUCUAUUUUAAACUCAUCAAAGAAGAAAUCAGAUUUGUGGGUGGUGGGGUGAGAGAAUUGGAUGAAGGUAGUGGUCAAAAGAUUCAAAUUUAGUUAUAAGCACAUAUUGGAAUGUAACGUACAGCAUGGUGACUAUAACUAGUAAUACUUUAUUGCAUAUUGGCAAGUUCCUUAAAGAAUAGAUCUUAAAAAUUCUGAUGACAAGGAAAAAGAUUUUUUUUGUAACUAUAUGAGUUGAUAGAUGGUAACUAAAAUUUGCUCAUCAUUUCAUAAUAAACUUAUCAAAUCCUUACGCUGUACACCUUAAACUUUGAUAAUCUUACAUAUCAAUUACAUCUCAAUGAACUAGAAGGGGGAAAAGAUCUACAAAGGCGUUCUCUGGUUUAUUUCACUAUGAAGGCAUAAUGCUAACAUCUCAAUGCUGCUUGGAUGUAGUCACUAUCCUUUGACCCCUCUGAAAUGGGUGUGAACUUGGGAAUGAACAUCUAGCCUGUUAUCCCUUAAAAAAUUUGCAUUUAUAGAGCAAUUCAACACAGUGCCCUUGGAUUAUGGUAGGGAAAUGAUGUUUUUUUAUAAACUCUGAAUAUUUAGAGAAGUAAAGUAUAGUUUAAAAUGAGACAUUUCAUCUAUAAAGAAUGUGACUUUGCAAUGUUCAUUUCCAAAGUUAAUACCAACUUUCAAGACUUUUAACAACUCUAUUAUGUGUAUUGUAGAUAGUUUAUUGUAAAAAGUCUGUACAGAUAUGUGUAUACUGCUUCAGCCCUUAAAAAUUAAAAACAAUUAUCACUGAAAACUGGGAAUUUGAGUAAGUGUGACCUCCUUAACUAAGAAUAUUAUGGGAAAGUAAUUUUACAGGGGAUGGGAUAAGUUUCUAUUUUGCAAAAUAUAUUUUAACUUCUUGGUGAUUUAGAGAAGCCAUGAAGUUAACGUGUGGCAUUUGUUCACCUUUUCUAACAUCAACAAACCAGCCUGAGAAUAACAACUUAGGCUCAGUUGCUUGCUUCUGUGAAAAGUUAGAGGGCGCUAACAUUCCUAACACAAAUGCCCGCUUGGUACAAAGUGAACACUGUGGCCUUGUAGUUUUUUGGGGGAGAAUUCCCCUCUUUAAGAGAACAUAGAAUGCGCUCUGAAUUCUGGCCUAGGGGGUUUUCUCUCCUGACUUGAAUAAAAAGCUCUCACUUCAGUAAGUCACCUGACAGUAGUUUGUAGGGAGUAAAUUCAACAGAUGUCCCAAGUUGCAUCAGAAUUAUUCUUUGUGUGGGUCUCACCUCACCUGCUAAAAGGCAGAGUAAACAUUAAGCCACAUAUUUCAGAAAAACAAAAACCUAAACUUUGUGUGUUGGUGGUUGGUCCUAUGCAGGGAAGGGAAAUCACAUAGCUCAGGUAUCACUUCAUGCUCCCUCCCUCUCUGAGUCCUCACACCUGACAGGGUCUCUUUCAGAUGAGCCAUGGGUCAAGAGGAGGAACUGCCACUCUCAUUUAUUCUUAAAGGGGUUGUUUUUAUUUAUAUUUUUAUUUUUAGUGACUCAAAUUGGUCUGAAGAAAUGUUGCCCUGAAAGGGACAUGUUUGGAAAAUCUGAGUGGCCCAGAGUAAAUACUAUUUUACUCUAUAAAGUGUUCCUUCCCUUUGUAAUCUCUGGGGAGGGGCAUUUUUCAACCAAAGAUUGUUAUGCUUCCCCAAAUUAACUUUUAUAAGAGUGCUUCAAGUUUACUCUUUUUAAAUUUUAUAUGAGAUACAUGCAUAUAACUAUUAUGUUGUGAAAUUCUGUUACUGAAAUAUAUGGGGAAACCACUUUUCUGUAGAAAAAUUUGUUUAAAUGACAGAGGAGGAAGUAUAUUUGAAUUAAAUGUUUCUUAAAACGACAAGAAUGUAUUUGCUUGAAGUGGGAAGCCCCACGAAUGGAGGUCUUUAUUGCUUUUUGAAAAAUGUGUUCUUAAAAUCUGAUAAAAUAAAAUGUAGAGUGGUUUAAAUUUG